AUGACCUUUCCACCCUACCAGCCCUUUGAUCAGGGUGAUGUCUACCCAAGCAACCAAAUGCCUUAUCUGCCCUUCACCCUUCCGCAGCAGUCAUACCAGCCUCCUUUCCAACAAAUCUCAGCCUUCUCAUCACAACAGCACUCGACAUACCCUCAGCAGUACUUUGUCGAGCAGCAUUCCCCUACCUAUACCACGCCAGCGUAUACCCCGGGUCCGCACAUCAUGCAGCAUCUGUCCCCAGCCCCGUCACACAGCGCAUACAGCCCAUCAACUCCUCCGAACCUAACUCUACCAUCGGUAGGCAGAGCGGUAGUGAUCGGAAUCAAUUAUUUCAACCAGAAGGGCGAGAUGAGGGGGCGUGUAGACGAGGCUCGCAACUUGUCGCGGUACCUCCAGCAAGUCAAGCGAUAUCGAAAAGAGGACAUCAUACUUUUGACCGACGACCAAAACGGACCCUUUGGACAGCCAACCAAGAAAAACGUCCUCGGUGCGCUCUUCUGGCUCGCGAAGAAUGCACAGCAGGGCGAAAAGCUCGUAAUAUAUUAUAGCGGCCAUGGGAGUGUGUCGAUCAACAAAAAGAAAGCCAAAGGCAAGAAACCCUCUCGAAGCAGCCCUGCCACCGCAGAUGAAGAGAUGGAAACCAUCUACCCGGUCGACUUCCGGUCAUUCAAAGAAGGCAUGAUCAAACCGUCCGAGCUGCAAGAGAUCCUGAAGCCGGCUAACGACAAGGGCGCUAAGCUCACGAUUAUUCUGGAUGCACAUACUGGUAUGAAGUGA